UCAGGGACGCCCACAGAAUGGCGUAACUACGUCGAUUAAACGCGUCGGCUGUCAGGGGGUAAAGUCAAGAUGGCGUCAGCAUCGUCUGAAGCUGCGGGAAAUCCUGACACCGAACUGGAGGAGUUGUUGGAAAGUGCACUGGAUGACUUUGACAAGACGAACAAUGCCCCACCACCCCCAAGCACGGACACCCCAACCAGUUCCGCCAGCGAGAAGCCGCCUUUGCUGGAGGACAGUAAGUUCUUCGAGUCGCUCUUCGAGGGGGAGAUGUGUAACCAGGCCCGGGACGAAUGGGAGAAAGCUAUGACUGAACUGGCGCAGGAGGAGCCAGAGCUCCUGCAGCACUUCCACAAGCUGUCGGAGGCGGCGGGGAAAGUGGGAACCGAUGUGGCUUCCCAGCAAGAAUUCACUUCCUGUUUGAAAGAAACUCUCAGUGGAUUGGCUAAAAAUGCUGACAACCUACAGAGCUCAGGAUUGGCUGGUGAGGACCUGGCCAAGACCCUAGAAGGGCUGGGGUUGGAUGACAACGGAGAAGGGGCUGGGGACGAUGGGAACAUCCUACCCAUAAUGCAGUCCAUUAUGCAGAACCUUCUGUCUAAAGAAGUCCUGUACCCUUCACUCAAAGAGAUCACGGACAAGUACCCUGAUUGGCUGAGCUGCAAUCGUCAGUCCCUCCCCCCUGACCAGUACCAUCGCUAUGAGCAGCAGCAUAAGAUCAUGGGAGAGAUCUGCAGCCAGUUUGAGAGAGAGGGGGAGGGCGGACGGGAUGGAGGUCAGAGCAACUUCGACAGCAUCCUGGAGCUCAUGCAGCAGCUGCAGGAUUUGGGACAGCCCCCAAAAGAGCUGGCAGGAGAAGCGCCUCCCGGCAUGAACUUUGACCUGGAGUCUCUGAAUCUCCCGGGACCCUCUGGGGCAGGAGCAGCGGAGCAGUGCCUGAUCAUGUGAUUCCCCAAAAUGGCCCAGUCGGAUACAAGCGAGUUUCGGGGAGACGCGUUCCGGCUGGAGAUCGAGUGACAUCAUCGCGGAGCCUGUGAUGAAACCCCGCCCUACCCCCCAUCGCCCCCCCUCCCCAAGUGGACUCCGGCCUCGGAUUUGGCCAGAGAAACGAUGCAGGACUUUCCCCAGGCCUCACCACCAGUUUCUAUUAAACAAUAUUGUUUAUAUACAGAUAUCAGAUUUUUAGACAUGAUUUACAAAAGUCAACCGUGGCGUUUAAGGGUGGGGCAAGGCAGUGUUUGGGGUGGGGUUGUGUGGGAGGAACGGUAGUGUGUUAUGACGGGCGAGGUGCUCUCUGCUCCACGAUAAACCUUGGAUGAUGGUGGUUCUGAUACAACUGUCGCUGCUGUGGACGUGUGCUUGAGUGAAGGUGUGUGUGAAGGUGUAGAGUGAGAGAGCCUGUGGUGCAGUGCGUGUGUGUGUGUGUGUGUGUGUGUGUGUGUGCGUGAGAGGGCGAUGCACAGGUACACCAGUGAUUGCUUCCGUUAAGAGCUCAUAUAUCUGGUUUUUAAAAUAAAAUAACUUCUAACCCACUGACCCACCCUUUCAGUGCUGAUUCUGAACAUAUCCUCUGUAAAUAUUAAAUAUAAUGUUAAAUCUGUUCAAAUAAAAUGGGUGAACACUA